UUGCGCGCCAUCAAGGUGCAAGUAAACCAUGGGUCUGCCAGACAUUGAAAAUAUACCUGAAACUGGUGCUGUAUUCACGAUCGGUAGAAGCAGAUUUGCUGAUAACAUAGCGUCACACUUCUUCAUACGUAAGGAUCCAGUAUUGACUAUCACUUGUGGAGAUGAACAUUCCGCCGUGGUGUGUCAAAGUGGCAGACUGUUCGUAUUUGGAAGCAACGAUUGGGGUCAAUUGGGUCUCGGUCACAAAAACCAUGUCAGCAAACCAUCUUGCGUGAAAAUUUUAAAGCCAGAAAAAGUAACACACGUAGCAUGUGGAAGAGCACACACCUUAAUAUGUACAGGUGGACAAAAGAUAUUUGCUUGUGGAAGUGAUCAGGAAGGACAACUGGGUCGCGGAAACUCAGCGAUAGGAGACAGUGCAAGUACACCAGUCUUGGUAUACGAUUGCGGUCUCGCAGGUCCAAGAGUAGUUCAAAUAGCUGCGGGUUCUCAUCAUUCGAUGGCUCUUACCAGUGACGGGGGUGUCAUCGCCUGGGGAAGCAAUCUCGAGGGACAACUCGGACUAUCGGGAAUCUCUGGACUGGUAAAUAAGCCGACGAAGGUCCCAAUUCCCGAACCGGUGAAAGAAAUCAGCACAGGAUAUUAUCAUUCUGCGUUCUUAACCGAAAGCGGUCUCGUUUAUGUCUGUGGCGAAUCUGAAAGUGGUAAGCUCGGGAUCGAUGUCAACUUCUCAACUCAAGUCGCGCCGAAGCAAAUGCUAUUGCCCACUACAGCGAUACACAUCGCGUGUGGAGGUCAUCAUACCCUCGUAUUAACAGAGAGCGGGAAUGUUUAUUGCGUUGGAAGCAAUGCCAGUGGUCAACUGGGAAUGGGGACGAACGUGACCGAAGUUUCAACGCCGAAACUUCUUUCUCGUGAUGCUCUAAAGGAUCAGUCGAUCGUCAAAAUUGCUUGCGGGGAAAGUCACAGUGCAGUUCUUACUGAAUCUGGAAAAUUGUACACUUGUGGUGACGGUAGACAUGGAAAAUUGGGCCUCGAGGAAAAUGAAAAUAACGUUCACGAAUUGACAUUCGCUGUCAAAUAUCAAGAACUCUUCAUAUCGAAUGUAUCUUGUGGUGGUUGUCACACAAUUUUAUUAGGAAAAAGACGUGAAACGAAUAAUCAAACGGAAUUAGAAUCCGAAUCUGUACAGGAUCAUCAAAUUCAAAAAAAGAAUCCUUUACCUCCCUUGAAACUUCCUGUAAAUAGAUUACAAACGGAAAAUCAUACGGAUAAAAUGGACGAAGUUGAAAAGGAAUCAACAGAGAAUGAAAAUAUUCUUGAAAAGUCUACAUUGGAGGAGAGUCAUGAAAAUAAAUUGGACAAUGAAAAAUUGGAUAAUAAUUCCGAAACACCAAAGGAUAAUAUGAAUAAUAUCGAAAAACCUGAAAUACCUAUAACGAACGAGGAACCGGAAGAGACACCAAAAAUCAUGGAAGAGGAAAAGUCAGAAGAUACGAGUGAAAAAAAGGACAUGGAAAAUAAUAACGAAGAAGAAACAACAAAGAUUAAUAAUACAAGUAAUGUUGAUAUUGAAAAACCAAGUGAAUCAACGACGGUAGAUGAAGAAUCAAGUAAUGUGGAAGAAAAGACAGACGAAACGGCAAAAACGGAAGAACCCAAAAUUGAAGAUGAAACGAAAACCAGUCCAGAAAAACCAGCAUCUCCUGACCCUACGCCACCGCCGAAACCACCUCGACAAAAAGCAGGGAGUCCUCAAGGGUCUGCUGGUGAAACUACCGAAUUAUCAAAUAAGUCUUCGGAGAAUGAAGAAAAAAAAGAAGAUAGUCAAGAAAACAAUUCAAAAACGAACGAAACCAAGGAAUCCGAGGAGUCUGUAAUAAAAUCUAUGACAGAAGAAACAAAAAAGGAAGAAGAAAGUCCUGCAAAAGUGUCUAUCAGCAGUCACAAAUCUCGAUCUAUGAAAUUAAAUAACGAUAUUGAAGAAACUAUAAUAUCAGAUGCUAAAAAUGUUUUGGAUGAAAUAAAGGAGACGGAGAAGAUUAUAAAAAAUGAAAAAAAUGAUGAAGAACACACGCACGAUGAUGCUGAUGUGAUACAAUCACCAGCACCUAGAACUGGAAAAAUGGCAAAGUUAUUUAAAGGUAAGAGACAACAAGAGAUAGAGAAUGGCACAAAAUCAAGCGGAGCUACAAAUCCAAAAUCAAAGUCGAAAACGUGUACCAUCUUGUGAUCGAAAAGACUUCAAAGAUUUGAUUGUAAUUUAUUCUAUUUUUUUAUA